AUGGCUAUUCCUCCCUCCAAAUCGGCCGCUAUUGUGAUUGUGGGCGCAGGCGUCUUCGGUCUGUCCACAGCCCUGGAAUUGACCCGUCGGGGUUACACCAACAUCACCGUCUUGGACCGGCAUCUGGCUCCCGUGCCCGAUGGCUCCAGUGUCGACGUCUCGCGCAUCAUCCGCGCCGACUAUGCCGAUGUCUUCUACGCCCGCAUGGCGCUGGACGCCCUGCAAAACGGCUGGCACGGCGAGUACGCCCCGUACUUCUACCAGAGCGGCCUGAUGUGUACGCAGACGCAAGGCAGCGGCGAGCACGAGUACAUCGCCCAGUCGAAGCAGAACAUGGAGCAGCUAGGCGGCAAGGCCGCCAACCUGGUAUCCUUCCAGGGCGCGGAGAUCCGGCAGCAGUACCCGGGCAUCCACGGCGAUCUCUCGCAGGCCAGCGGCUAUGUCAACAUGGACUCUGGCUGGGCCAAUGCCGAGCUCAGUAUCGGCCAUCUGGCGCGCAACUGUACCCGGGCCGGCGUCUCGUUCCGUGCCGGGCCCCAGGGCACCGUUACCGACCUCCUAACUCAGACCACCUCGACGACCGGCAAGAAGCAGGUGACCGGCGUUCGCACGGCCAGCGGCGAGAGCAUCUCUGCUGACCUAGUCAUGGUAUCGACGGGCGCCUGGACCCCGCAUCUGCUGGAGAUGACCGGCCGCUCCGUCUCUGUCGCCCAGCCCGUGGCCUUCCUGCAACUCACGGCCGACGAGGCCCGCGAACUUGACAACAACCGCUGCCCUGUGAUCCUGGACCUGAGCACCGGGUGGUUCACCUUCCCCCCGACGCCGGGAACCCACCUGCUGAAGAUCGCUCGCCACGGGUUUGGCUACGAGCGCACCAACGAAGCGAAGCCGCAGAACCCGAGCUCCUACUCGGCCCCGUCGCUGGCGCGCCAGGGCGGCUACCUGCCCCCAGAUGCCGAGAAGGCGCUGCGCGAGGGCCUGGAGCUGUGGCUGCCCCGCUUUAAGGACCGGCCCUUCGUCCAGCGCCGACUGUGCUGGUACAGCGACACCCCCAGGGGCGAUUUCAUCGUCGACUACCACCCCGACUAUGAGGGUCUGUUCGUUGCGACGGGCGGAAGUGGCCAUGCAUUCAAGUUCCUUCCCGUCCUGGGCCGCUACGUCGCGGACAGCCUGGAGCUGACUGCGUCGGUGGAGCAGCGCCAGAAGUGGGCGUGGCCCGUAGCGCCUCGUCCCAUUGCCUCGGGAGACGGCAGUCGCGGUGGACCGCCUCGCCGUCGCUUGACGUCCGAGGAGCGGGCGCGCUUGUAG